UCCUCACCAGCCGCGAGGAGCCUGUCUCUGCUCGGAUCAAUCACACUGCUGCAGAGCUGUGGAGCCUCCACCUGUGGCUGACCUCAGCCGACUGCACGCCUCCCCCCAGGCUCAGUGCUCUACUGGCUUUGGAGGGGAAUUCUUUUAUGGGCUUUGUUGAGGAAUUGUUCUGUCUCUGCUGAGGAACAACGCUGAAGGCUCCUGGCACUAACUCUCCUCAGGAUACCGUUCUUUUCUCCAUGGAGCUUGACGCAGGUGUCACUCUGUGAUUGUGUAAGGUCAUAGCCAAUCAGCAGCAGUGUCGGGACCAGAGGGGAGUGUACCAACAGUCAUAGCAUGGACCUUAGAUUCAGACGGCUGUCGCCUCUCACCAGGGGAGCUCUUCAUCUCCUGCUGCUGGCCAGACUGGUGCUGCCUUCUCACACAGAGAGCAUGCCCAGCUUCAUCAAGUCCCCCGACGAUCAGACGGGGAUAUCGGGAGGAGUGGCGUCGUUCGUAUGCCAGGCGGUGGGUGAGCCCAAACCUCGCAUCACCUGGAUGAAGAAAGGGAAGAAAGUCAGCUCUCAGCGCUUUGAGGUGAUUGAGUUCGAUGACGGCUCGGGCUCGGUGCUGCGUAUCCAGCCUUUGAGGACCCACCGUGACGAAGCCAUCUAUGAAUGCACUGCCACCAACAGUGUGGGCGAGAUCAACGCCAGCGCCAAGCUCACUGUCUUAGAGGAGGACCAGAUCCCUCAUGGUUUCCCCACCAUAGACAUGGGGCCCCAGCUCAAGGUAGUGGAGAGAACUCGUACUGCUACGAUGCUGUGUGCAGCCAGUGGCAACCCCGACCCAGAGAUCUACUGGUUCAAAGACUUCCUGCCUGUGGACAUCGGCAGCAGCAACGGGCGCAUCAAGCAGCUGCGUUCAGGAGCGCUUCAGAUUGAGAACAGCGAGGAGUCAGACCAGGGCAAGUACGAGUGUGUGGCGGUCAACAGCGCCGGGACCCGCUACUCAGCUCCAGCUAACCUUUAUGUUCGAGUUCGUCGUGUGCCUCCUCGUUUCUCCAUCCCCCCCACCAAUCACGAGGUGAUGCCCGGCGGCAGUGUCAACCUGACCUGCGUGGCGGUCGGCGCUCCCAUGCCUUAUGUCAAGUGGAUGACCGGUGAGGUGGAGCUGACCCGAGAGGAUGAAAUGCCAAUUGGCCGCAACGUCCUGGAGCUCACCAACAUUCGCCAGUCUGCCAACUACACCUGCGUGGCCAUAUCCUCCCUGGGCAUGAUCGAAACCACGGCCCAGAUCACUGUCAAAGCACUGCCCAAGCCGCCCACCUCCCUCAUUGUGACAGAAACCACAGCAACCAGUGUCACCCUGACCUGGGACUCUGGCAACCCAGAACCGGUGUCUUACUAUGUGAUCCAGUACCGUGCUAAAGUGUCUGACAACGGCUUCCAGGAAGUGGACGGAGUAGCCACCACACGAUACAGCAUCGGCGGCCUCAGCCCCUUUUCCGAAUACGAGUUCCGUGUCAUGGCCGUCAACAACGUCGGCCGGGGGCCCCCCAGUGGUAUUGUGGACACCCGUACAAGUGAGCAAGCCCCCUCCUCACCUCCUCUUCACGUCCAGGCUCGCAUGCUGAGUCCCAGCACCAUGCUGGUCCAGUGGGAACCUCCGGAGGAACCCAACGGACAAAUCCGGGGCUACAGGGUCUAUUACAGCUCUGCUCACAACGCCCCGCUCAGCACCUGGCAGAAACACAACACAGAUGACAGCCAGAUCACCACCAUUUCAGGCCUGACCUCAGACAUCACCUACAGCCUGAGAGUGCUGGGCUUCACCUCUGUGGGAGACGGGCCUCCCUCAGAUGUUCUGCAGAUCAAAACCCAGCAGGGAGUUCCAGCUCAGCCUUCUGGUUUUGAGGCCGAGGCUGAGCUGGAUUCGCGGAUCAUGCUGUCAUGGCUUUGGCCCGUCCAGGACCCUAUCAUUAGCUUUGAGCUGAUCUACUGGGAGGCCAACAAUCCCACAGACCAGCAUCACGUCACGUUCGACCCCGCAGGCUCCUAUGCAGUGGAUGGUCUAAAGCCAGAUACACUCUACAUGUUUUCCCUGGCAGCCCGAUCUGAGAUGGGUUUAGGAGUCUUCACUCAGCCUAUUGAGGCCAGGACUGCCCAAUCCACCCCUUCAGCCCCUCCCCAGGACGUAGGCUUGCUCAGCCUCAGCUCCACCAGCAUCAAGGUGAGAUGGGUGGCACCGCCCGCAGGCAGCUGCCACGGGGAGGUAGUGAGCUACUCCCUAGCCUACCAGGCGGUCACAGGGGAGGACAUGGAGCGCCACCAGGUGUCAGGGAUUGGUGCUGAUGUCACCAGCUAUGUGCUGGAGGACCUGGAGAAGUGGACGGAGUAUAUGGUGUGGGUGAGGGCGCACAAUGACAUUGGGCCCGGCCCAGAGAGCCCCACAGCCCACAUCAGAACCAAGGAAGAUGUGCCUGGAGCUCCUCCCAGGAAGGUGGAGGCGGAUGCCCUCAACUCCACUGCCCUCAGGGUGACCUGGAAGCCUCCCCUGUCUGUGAAGCAGCACGGCCAGAUCAGAGGCUACCAGCUGGUGUACUCCAGGCUAGAGAACGGGGAGCCUCACGGCCAGCCGGCCAUCAUGGACAUUGCCCUCCCUGACGCUCAGGAGGCGAUCAUAACAGGUCUACUGCCCGAGACCACCUACUCUCUGACUGUGGCUGCUUAUACCACCAAAGGCGAUGGAGCUCGCAGCAAGGCCAAGGUGGUCACCACCACAGGGGCAGUACCUGGUAAGCCCACUAUGAUGAUCAGCACCACUAUAGGGAACACUGCCCUGAUCCAGUGGCAGCCCCCUAAGGAGAUGGUAGGGGAGCAUGUGGGAUACCAGCUCCAGUACAAGAGAGCAGAGGAGGAAGCUUUCAUCGUCAAAGACUUCAGAAAGAUAGAUGAUCACUUCACAGUCACCGGUCUUCACAAGGGAGCGACCUACAUUUUCAAACUGUGCGCCAAAAACCGAGCAGGCAACGGGGAGGAAUAUGUGAAGGAGAUCAUCACCCCUGAAGACAUGCCUGGCAGCUACCCCCAGAAUCUGAGUGUGGUAGGCCUGACCGCCACGUCCACCCAGCUGGCCUGGGACCCCCCUCCUCUGGCCGAGAGGAACGGGAGGAUUGUAAAGUACACGGUGGUAUAUCGAGAUAUCAACAGCCAGCACAACAACACCAACAGUACCACAGAAACACACAUGACUAUCCAUGGUUUGCAGCCUGACACAACCUACGACAUCAGAGUCCAGGCUUUCACCAGUAAGGGCGGUGGUCCCAUCAGCCCCAGCAUCCAGAGCAGGACCAUGUCCACGUCCAUGCCAGACCUUCCCCCAGCGUUCACCAAGAACUUUGGUGUGAAGGCUGUGAUGAAAACCUCCGUCCUGCUGACCUGGGAAGUGCCAGAAACCUACAAGUCUCAAGUGCCUCUUAAGAUCCUGUACAACCAGCAGAGCGUGGAGGUUCAAGGAAACCUGAAAAGGAAGCUGAUCACGCAGCUGCAGCCGGAUACUGACUAUUCCUUUGUGCUGAUGAGCCGAGGGAACAGUGCCGGCGGCCUCCAGCAGCAGGUGUCCAUCCGAACGGCUCCAGACCUGCUGAAGAUGAAACCCGCUCGAUACCAACAGGAAGUAGAGGAGGGUGGCAAAAUGACCAUCACUCUGCCAAGGGUCCCUGCAGGAGCCCCUGUCAGGUGGUACUACAUAGUGGUUGUCCCCGUCACCCCAGCUUCUCUGAGCAGAUGGGAGAACCCUGAAGACAUGGACAUACAUGAGCUCCUGGCGGCUGAUGCUGACAGCAGCCUGCAGAGAAAGAGGAGGCAGAGCCAGGACUUCCUGCAGCCCUACAUCGCUGCCAAGCUGGACGCUCUGCCUGAGAUCUUCACUCUGGGCGAUGAGAAGAAAUACAAUGGCUACUACAACAAACCCCUCCCCGGCCAGCAGCAGUAUCGCUGCUUUGUCCUGGCUGAUCUGACGGACCACGAGUCUCAGAGAACGUAUGCGGCCAGUCCAUUCUCCGAGCCCAUCACGGUGAAGCUCCACAGUGGGAUGACCCGACAAACUGAGGACCCAGAGAUGCUGUGGGUGAUGGGUCCGGUCCUGGCAGUCAUUCUCAUCAUCAUCAUAGUCAUUGCUAUUUUACUCUUCAAGAGGAAGAGAACAUCUCCAGCCAAGGAUGAGCACAUGGCAGGGGUCAAGGACUCUCUGCUGGCCCACUCCUCAGACCCUGUGGAGAUGAGGAGACUCAACUAUCAGACGCAAGGUUCCAGUGCCCUCAGUUGCCCGAACACUCCAAGGAUGAGGGAACAUCCUCCCAUCGCUAUCUCUGACCUGGCAGACCACAUAGAGAGACUCAGGGCCAACGAUGGUCUGCGCUUCUCCCAGGAAUAUGAGUCUAUUGAUCCAGGACAGCAGUUCACCUGGGAGCACUCAAACCUGGAGGUCAACAAGCCAAAGAACCGCUAUGCAAAUGUUAUUGCCUACGACCACUCCAGGGUCAUCCUUACACCUGUGGAUGGUGUUCCAGGUAGCGACUACAUCAACGCUAAUUACAUUGACGGCUACAGGAAGCAGAAUGCUUACAUCGCCACGCAGGGGCCCCUGCCGGAGACACUGAGUGACUUCUGGAGGAUGGUGUGGGAGCAGAGAACCUGCACCAUCGUCAUGAUGACCCGUUUGGAGGAGAAGUCACGGGUGAAGUGUGACCAGUAUUGGCCCAGUCGCGGCACAGAGACAUAUGGGAUGAUUCAGGUGACCGUGCUGGACACCGUGGAGCUGGCUACGUACAACGUCCGCACGUUCGCUCUUUAUAAGAACGGCUCGAGUGAGAAAAGAGAGGUUCGACAGUUCCAGUUUAUGGCCUGGCCUGACCAUGGAGUGCCUGAGUAUCCCACCCCAACACUGGCCUUUCUACGCAGAGUCAAGGCCUGUAACCCACCGGACGCUGGACCCAUGGUGGUCCACUGCAGUGCUGGUGUGGGCCGGACAGGCUGCUUCAUUGUGAUCGAAGCCAUGCUGGAGAGGAUGAAGCACGAAAAGUCGGUGGAUAUUUACGGUCACGUGACGUGCAUGCGGGCUCAAAGGAACUACAUGGUGCAGACAGAGGAUCAGUACAUAUUCAUCCACGAGGCCCUGCUAGAAGCUGCAACAUGUGGCAACACAGAAGUCCCCGCCCGCAACCUUUACGCUCACAUCCAGAAGCUGACCCAGAUCCCUCCUGGAGAGAGCGUCACCACCAUGGAACUGGAGUUCAAGAAACUGGCCAACUCUAAAGCACAUACCUCAAGAUUCAUCAGUGCCAACCUGCCGUGUAACAAAUUCAAGAACCGCCUGGUGAACAUAAUGCCUUUUGAGUCCACCCGCGUCCCCCUGCAGCCAAUCAGAGGGGUGGAGGGCUCCGACUACAUCAACGCCAGCUUCAUUGACGGAUACAGGCAGCAGAAAGCAUACAUGGCCACCCAGGGCCCGUUAGCCGAGACCACAGAGGACUUCUGGAGAAUGUUGUGGGAACACAAUUCCACCAUUGUAGUCAUGCUCACCAAACUCCGCGAGAUGGGACGGGAAAAGUGCCAUCAGUACUGGCCUGCCGAGCGCUCUGCACGCUACCAGUACUUUGUUGUGGACCCCAUGGCUGAGUACAACAUGCCUCAGUACAUCCUGAGAGAGUUCAAAGUCACAGACGCCAGGGAUGGUCAGUCGAGGACCAUCAGGCAGUUUCAGUUCACUGACUGGCCAGAACAAGGAGUGCCAAAAACUGGGGAGGGAUUCAUCGACUUCAUCGGCCAAGUCCAUAAAACUAAGGAGCAAUUUGGACAAGACGGACCAAUCACUGUGCACUGCAGUGCCGGUGUUGGGCGGACCGGUGUGUUCAUCACCCUGAGCAUCGUCCUGGAGAGGAUGAGGUACGAGGGAGUGGUCGACCUCUUCCAGACCGUCAAGACGCUCCGAACUCAGAGGCCAGCCAUGGUGCAAACAGAGGACCAGUACCAACUGUGCUACCGGGCUGCUCUGGAGUACCUGGGAAGCUUCGAUCACUAUGCAACAUAACGCCACCCAGAAAGACACCCUCAGAAGACUUUGGUGUCUCCUCUGAGCCAUAUCCACUCAGCUCCAUCAGUCCCUGCGGCCUGAUGAGGAGGUCACAUGGAGGACUGAUGAGGAGGUGACCACAGCACGAAACAGGGGAGAUUAGAAGAGAGAGGAGAGGGGACAGAACAGCCUCCUGCUGGACUGGUGCCAUGAUUCUGCCACAGACCCAACACCAAAACCUCCCAAAAACCAACCCCGACAGACUCGUCGUCAUGCCUCAUUCUGAAUCUUGACUGAAUACUCCCAUCACUCCCCGAUUUCUGCCUCUUCCUAAUAGCAAAAACUAUUUUUCUGCUGUUUUCAUUUAUAUUCAUCAUUACGAUGUUGUUAUGAAUAUUUAGAAAUUAUUUUAUAAUCACUUACACUGGUUAUUAUUAUGUCUUAAUGGGUCGCGUUUUUUAAUUUGCUUAUCUUUUUGUUAUUUUCAUUAGCACAAAGGACAUGUAUUUUCAACAUGCUCAAAGAUAUUGAUACUGGAGAGCGUAUACUCACAGCUGCUAAUUAUUUUAUUUUGUUCCAUAGAUAUGAUAUUCUGAUGUUAUUGUUACUCCGUUGGCCCUGUUUAGAGGGAAAUGUGGGUUUCGACUUCCUGUCUGGAUAUCCAACAGAAUGAUGAGGAUAAUGAUAUGUACCAAACAGAUCACAUAAACAGAUUAAGUUUGUGAACUACAGUGUGAAAUUAACCUAUGGCUAUAAACUUGCAAAGACUAUUCACAUCUGAACCAACUGCUUGCAUGUACAGAGUUUCUUGUCCAUAACUGUUGAGUGAUUUUCUCACAGCCUUCGAUGAUCUGGAGACUUCCAACAAAAGAAAUAUAAAGAUGUUGGAAAGGUUGUAUGCACAAUAUUUUUCACAUCCCUUCUAAAGUGGGCUCAGGUAGACUCGACACCCUGUUCUCGAGAUUUUUUUGGUGAAAUAAGUGUGACGGCGUAAAAAUGCAGAUCGCAUGCUCCAUGCAUGAAAAAAAGAGAUUAAUUAGGAGACCAGGGGAGAACUCCCAACACCCCAGUUUAUCACAGGAUGAUUUCUACUGAGAGAAUUAGACCAAGAUUCAAUGAUGAAUUUAAAUCGGUUAAAUGUGUUUAGCUGCCAAACCUUGAAAGAUAAGACUGACUUUAUGCUAUAUUUUUCCUUAAGUCAACUAAUCUCAUAAAAAGACCUCCCUACCCUGUCUGUGGUUCUCAGCACCAAGCUGUUCCCAUGACAAUUUCCUAUGACAGACUGACACUGUAGUUUUUAGCAAAUGUUACUGAAAACAAGAAGAAAUUGUGCAUUUGUUUUGGGGACUAUUUUCAACAGCGGAUUAAUCCACAUUCUGCAUUCUAGUGAGUAUUUGGGGCAGUAGGACUGUGUGUAUGUGACAGAGUCAAGAUAAACUACGAUGUGUGUGUUCAUGAUGAGGAGGAAACAUGUCACCCAGUCUAACACCAUGACUCACUGAAGUGAUUUUAAUGUUCACAGUGGAGCUCCAUGGAACCAAGGACGAAGAUAGAUCAGGCUUUGAUACACACACAAUACUUGUUAGUAGGAUCAGUUCAGUGUGGGUUUGGGUGUACACAUGGGAUUUCUUUACAGAGCAAACAUUUAGGAUAUCAUAUUUUCCUUUGAACAAAGUUUAAAUAUACAGUCCUUGAUUUUGUUUGAACAGAUAACAUAGCCCUACAUCCCAAAAUAUCCAACCUGUCAAUGUUUUCACAACCAGCACAGUUCACAACUGAAUUUUAAAGCAUUACCAGUGAGUUUGGAAGUCAUUUAGGAAUCUGGGGGCUCUAUUAGAUCAUUUAAAAAGUUAGAAAGUAUGAAGGGCCAGAUCAACAAAAUCAUAAAAAAAUAUAUUUUCUCAGUCACCUUUAGCUUGCUAUCAACCAGCUUCUUCUAACGUGCUGUCUGGUUUUCUGUGCUCAUACUCAUUUCACAGAAUAUCUGGAUAUUGUAUUGAAAGAAAAAUGACCCAGUUGUUGUUAAGUAAAUGGAGUAUGGACAGUGCACCGUUACAUCGUGGACCACAUGUACUGCACCUAACGUGACUCUUGCCACCACAGGGGGAAGUGAUUUUGUGAUCCCCACACGUUUCUGACAUUCAUCUUAUGACUUGCACUUUUCUGUUUGCAUACAUGGUUUAUAUAGACAUGACACACAAGCAGUUUACUGGAUCCCAUUUCACGAUAUAUUACAGCUCAACUAUUUUAUCACUGUGUUGCAGAUGGACAGACUUGUAACUCCGAGCAGCAUCAGUGUUCAGUGGUGGCUCUCUGUGGUUUUCACUGGAUGAGAUGACAGAAUGAGGUGGUUUUGGAUGAAGCGGAGUUGUGCUAUAGGGGUCCUAUCUGUUGUAUACAUGAUCUGUUUUCUAUUUGUUAAUAAUAAAAAAAAAAAAAAAGCAGAGACAAAUGUCUUGAAAACCUUGAUGUUAAUAAAGUUGAAUA